AUGGCUAAUGAAGGAGUCGAGGAGAUGGUGGAGGAGGAGUUUUCUGUGUGGAAGAAGAACACACCAUUACUGUAUGACCUCGUGGUAGAGAUUGUUCAGAAAAUACAUGUUGAUGGGGAAGUGAAUAGAGCUCGGUGUAUGCCACAAGACCAAGCUUUGGUUGCUGCUAAGACAAGUGGUUCUGAAUCCGCCGCUAGUUCUCCCGUCACCGCCUGGCCCGCCUCCGGCCUCCAGUCCGCCCCUCUCCGCCUCUUAUUCCAUCGGUUUAUCUAUAUUCUGUCCGAUCUCCGCUAUAAGGCUGUUCGAGCUUUAAGCUUUGUUCGACACUUCGAGGUUCGAGCUCCAGCAGAAAAAGAACUGAAGAAGAAGCCAAGAAGGGAGGAGGUAUUCCAGGUAGAGUGGGAUCCUAACCAUGAAACUGUGCUGGCGUCCUCCGCUGAUGACAGAAGGUUGAUGGUUUGGGACCUUAACAGGGUUGGAGAUGAACAGUUGGAAGGUGAAGCUGAAGAUGGUCCUCCUGAGCUCCUCUUCUCUCAUGGUGGUCACAAAGCAAAGAUUUCUGACUUUUCAUGGAACCAGAAUGAGCCAUGGGUCAUUUCAAGUGUAGCAGAGGACAAUACUCUACAGGUCUGGCAAAUGUCGGAGAGUAUUUAUCGUGAUGAGGAUGAUAUCCAAAGUGCUAAUUGUAUGUAA